CAUCCUUUCGUGAUACGGUCUACGUGUAUCAUCACUCCAGUCGGUUUUCACAGCAAACCUGGUUCCCUAGCUUUGACACUUCGUAUCACUCUCUCUGAUUCGUCCCAUCUUCGUCUGUAGAUUAGAGUACGUUAAAGGGCAGUGAGUUUGUUUGAUAAUAAUCCAUUAUAAUGGCUUCCAAGCUACUUCUUCGGCUAUUUGUUAUGGUGGUGGUGAUGCUGGUAGUGCUAGAAAUCUCCUUUGCGGGGGGCUCUGUGCACUCAGCAAAUGAGGAAGGUCGUGACUAUGAGGAAGCAAAGAACAAGGCGAAACAUGCGCAGGAUAAAGCGGCAGAGACGGCGCAAGAGACCAGAGAAGCUUCGGAGUCGUGGGCCGAGUGGGCUAAGGAGAAAAUUGGUUUGAAGCAAGAGGAAUCCAAGGAAACUGCUAAGAAGGCUUCUGAUACGGCGUCUGACGCUGCAAAGAAGACCAGAGACAAGUUCGAGGAGGUGGCUUCUGGAGCGGGUCAAUACAGUGCAGAUAAGGUUAGAGAUGUAAAAGAUGCGACAACAGAGAAGGUCUGGGACGCUAAAAAUGCUGCUACAGAGAAGGCUGGUGACAUAACAAAUGCAGCGAAGGAGAAGGCCGGUGAAGCGGCAAACGCAGCAAAGGAGAAGGCCAGUGAAGCGGCAAACGCAGCAAAGGAGAAGGCUAGUAAAGUAAAGAAUGCAGCGACCGAGAAAGCCAGCGAAACAAUAAAUGAGGCAAAGGAAAUAACAUCCCGGAAGGCAGAAGAGGCAUCUCAGACGGCAAGGGAAGCAGCAGAUAAAGCUUCUGAAGCGAAGGAAAGAGUAUCACAAAAGAUAGAAGAGACAAAGGAGAAGACAUAUCAGGCGGCAAGGGAAGCAGCAGAGAAAGCUUCGGAAGAAAAACGUAGAGUAACCGAAAAGGCGGAGGAAGCGAAGGAUGCAACGACAGGGAUGGGAAGGAGUGCCGUGGAGGAAGCGAAGAUGAAGACGCCCGAGGCGGAGGACCACAUAAGUUGGGCAAAGGAAAAAGCGAAGGAGGCUUACGAAGCAGCUAAAAAGAAAGCAGCAGAAACCUUGGAGACAGCCAAGCAGAAGACGCAUGAAAUUAAAGACAAUAUAGCCGGUCGAGGCCGUGAUGAGGAGCUCUGAGCUGAUCCACGUGGCAAGAUAUAUUAUAUAUAUAAGGCGCGCAGAUUUACGUUUGAUCUUCUAUUUCUGAUCAAAUUCUGCAGAUUGUUGUAUAUGAGUUUCUGAGCAUGUAAUUCGUGGUUGUGUUUGGUGUGUUUCUGUUUUUGUGUCAUUCACGGUGAAAUAUUCUGAACUUUUAUAUGGGUUGCGGUCGAGCAUUGUAUGCCAGAGCACAUAUUCUACUUG